UACACACACGCAUACACACACUUACACGCACACACACACACAUACACAACAAUCGCGGCCUCUCCCCGGGCUUGUUCCCGUGUUUCUCCGGCUUUUAUCGGCUAAAACAGGCUAACGAUCCGCCGCUGAGGACCGGACUGACUUCGGGCUCUCUGCCGCGGCUACGCUCGGUUUCUAACGGCUUCGUCACGAGCCAGAAAUGCGGUUUGUUUAACACUUACAUGACGACUUGUUCUCCUCGCGGCUCAGGAGGAGAUUUUACAGCCGUUUGAAGUGACUCCGCCGGUUGGAUACGAACCACAGGGACGCCACAGCUGACUAACGGGCAUCAUCUUUUUGUCGGUGUUUCCAUCGGUUGUUCGGCGGCAGCCAUGGCAGGAGGUCGGUCAGCUCUCGGUCUGCUCGUCCUGGUCUGUGUUUACUUCCACCGCUGCGGCUCCUUCAACCUGGAUGUGGACAAACCUUCCGUGUACACCGGACCCGAGGGAAGCUACUUCGGCUUCUCGGUGGACUUCUUCAAGCCCUCAAACAACCAAAAGUCAGAUGUUCUGAUAGGAGCUCCCCGGGCCAACACCUCGGCCCCCAGCAGUGUUGUGGAGAGAGGAGCGGUGUACAGCUGCCCCUGGAAGAGCGCCUCAGCCUGCCAGCAGCUGCUGUUUGACAGCUCAGACGACAGGACGAAUAAAGACGGGGCUCAGAUGGAGUUUAAAUCCAAGCAGUGGUUCGGUGCCUCGGUACGAUCUGAUGGAGAGCACAUCCUGGCCUGUGCUCCUCUGUACCAGUGGUCAACCUUUGGCGUCUCUGAGCGAGAGCCAGUGGGAACGUGUUACCUGAAGAAAGGAACCACGGUGGUGGAGUACUCGCCCUGCAGAUCAAAUGCCCACUCACCAGAGGGGCAGGGCUUCUGCCAGGCCGGCUUCAGUGCCGACUUCCUUAAGAACAACAACAGGGUGGUGGUGGGAGGACCUGGCAGCUUCUACUGGCAGGGUCAGCUGAUUUCCGAUGACAUCUCUGAGAUUUUCUCUCGGUUUAACAAAGAAUUCAUCACCCCGUACGCAAACAACCUUGCCACCAAGUCAGCCGGCGCCCACUAUGACGACAGUUACCUUGGAUACUCUGUGACAGUCGGAGACUUCAAUGAUGAUGGAAAAGAAGAUUAUGUGACUGGAGUCCCUCGGGGGGAAAAGGCACUGGGUUAUGUGAACAUCUUCAACGGCCUCAACAUGGAGUCCAUGGUGAACUUCACAGGAACUCAGAUGGCGGCCUACUUUGGACAUUCAGUAGCUGCUACUGAUGUAAACAAUGACGGGCUGGUGGAUCUGUUGGUUGGAGCUCCUCUCUUCAUGGACAGAGGGUCAGACGGAAAACUCAGGGAGGUGGGACAGGUGUCUGUGUACCUGGGUCGAGGCGGAUUUUCCUUCCACCCAGCUCAGAUGCUGCCGGGGUCGGAGGUCUACGCCAGAUACGGCUCUGCCAUCGCAGCACUGGGAGACCUGGACAUGGACGGAUACAAUGACGUGGCCAUCUCUGCUCCUUACGGGGGCCCCGACCACAACGGCUUGGUCUACAUCCACAAUGGCCGACCUGGGGGGCCCGACCUGUCACCUUCCCAGGUCCUGCAGGGCAAAUGGGCGUCCAGCUACAUGCCUCCUAGCUUUGGAUACUCCAUGACUGGAAACACUGACAUAGACCAGAAUGGAUAUCCAGAUUUAAUAGUGGGAGUGUUUGGAGCAGACAAAGCUGUUUUAUACAGAGCUCGUCCGGUGAUCAGUGUGAACGCCACGUUGGACAUGACGCCUCAGAUCAUCAACCCGGAGGAGAAGAACUGCACACUUCCUGGACGAAGCACACCUGUGUCCUGUUUCAAGGUGAAGUAUUGUCUGAAGGCCAGCGGCCGCGGAGCUCCGGCUACUCUCAAUUUUCGCGUGGACAUCAUGUUGGACCGGCUGAAGCAGAAGGAGGCGACCAAGCGCGUCCUCUUCCUGCACAGUCGGACCUUCCAGUACUCCAAGAACAUGACGGUGUCCAACGGCAGAAGCCCGGCCUGCGAGGAGCAGCACGUCUUCCUGCGGGACGAGUUUCGGGAUAAGAUCACUCCCAUCUCCGUGGUGAUGGAGUACAGUCUGGACUACCAGCAGGCCGCAGACAGAACUGGACUGCUGCCCAUCCUCGACAUGUCGGCCCCCUCCAACGUCACCAAGCAGGCUCACAUCCUGUUGGACUGUGGAGAGGACAACAUCUGUAAACCUGACCUGAAGUUGUCAGUGAAGAGUGACCGUGAGCAGAUCUACAUCGGCGAUGACAACGCUCUGACCCUGGAGGUCAGCGCUGAGAACCAGGGAGAGGGCGCCUACGAGGCCGAGCUCCACAUCUACCCUCCGCCGCAGGCCGACUUCAUCGAGGUCGUCCGCACUCAGGUCUUCACCAGGCUGUCCUGUGCGUACAAGAAGGAAAACCAGACCAAGAUGGUGGUGUGUGACCUGGGAAACCCCAUGAAGGGAGGAACCAAGGUGCUGGCAGAGCUGAAGUUCAGCGUGCACCAGCUGUCGGAGGAGGACACGUUUGUCAAGUUUGACCUGCAGAUCGUCAGCUCCAACCAAUUCGACAACACCAGCCCCCGAGUCUCCAGCAUCACCAAGCUGGCUGUGCUCGCUAAGGUCUCCAUUAGAGGGUCGUCGUCUCCUGGUCAGGUGCUGCUUCCCAUCGCCAACUGGAAACCUAAAGAGCCUCCUGUGGACGGGGACGACAUCGGACCACAAAUAGUACAUGUCUAUGAGCUCCUGAACAGUGGGCCCAGUACGAUCAGUAAAGCGGCUCUGACGGUGGAUUGGCCGUACCAGUUCAGGAACGGCUCUCUGCUCUACAUCACAAGCUACGACACCGAGGGACCCAUCAACUGCACCACGGACACCUUGCUCAACCCGCUCAAUGUGACGAACCGGUUGACCUCACAGAAGAACACCAGCGUCGUCCCACCCCGAGAGCGAGAGACUGAGGGACGAAACAGAAACCAUGUUCGCAAGAGAGACCUGGAGUCAAGAGACGCACUGAACGACGUGCAGACACUGGACUGCACCACAGCAGAGUGUCUGCAGCUGAAAUGUCAGGUGGGUCGUCUGGAGAGGAGGAAGAACGCCAUCCUCUUCAUCUACUCCAGACUGGCUGUCAACAACUUCCUCAGGACUGAGAAUCAGAAUCGUUCGUAUGUGGUUCGAUCCACAGCCUCUUUCUCUGUCAUCGAGAUGCCGUACAAGAACCUGGUGUUCGAGCUGCCGUCCAAUAGUACCACUGUGAGCGUGUCGGUGUUGUGGGUGGUGGACAUUCCUCAGCCGGUGCCGGCCUGGGUGGUGGCUCUGGCUGUGCUGGCAGGACUGCUGCUGCUGGCGCUGCUCAUCUUCAUCAUGUACAAGUUGGGUUUCUUUAAGAGAGUGCGCCCCCCGCAGGAGGACUGCACCGAGAAGGAGCAGCUGCAGCCGGAGGAGAACGGCAACACUGACGCCUAGAGGUGGAACAGGGAGGAGCGGCGCUCUGUUAGUAAAGACACAAAGUCCAGGAGAGAAAAAUCAGGGUAAAAGGUCGUUUAGAGAAUUUCACUGUAUUCACUGUUGAGAGGCAGAUAACGGUACUGGUUUAGGUUUGAAUGAGGUUUUUGUUUUGUUUUUGUUUUUGUCAUGUUGUGUUUUGUGCCAAAUGAGAAGCUCCGCCUGCGUCACACUGGUCACAGAUGAACUCCUCAUAGAUCAAGAAUUCAUAUUGUAAAGUUUAAACUUAAAAGAAUUGUUCAUCAUGUUGGAAAAAGAAAAAAGACUGAUGCUACUCUUGUGCCUGGCAGUUAAACAUGACACUACAGCAUAAAGUUAGCAUGAACGGGGGGGGGUACAGCUGUCCCGGGUCUGUCCUCCAAAGCUCUCGUUUAUUUUAUCUCUAGAAAACCAAAGUUUAAAAACUACAGUUCACAGUUUACACAGAGGGUUUGUUCUGAAUUAGUCUUAUAGAAAACUGGAAAAUCACCCAGCUCACAACCUCCUGUAAAAUACAAACUGGGGUUUUUACACUUUGUUUUUGUGGAGCUCAAACAAACGAUGACAGACAAGCUUUGAUUUUCAUGUUUGUUCCAACAGGCAGAUCAGGAGAUACAAGGUUUACAUCUGCACCAGAGCUCGUGGAGCUUGAUAUUAAAAUUGCACUUUUUUUUUUUUGUCCAAACUCAAAAUGAUGAAUGAGCUGUAGGAGCUUUUUACCCUGAGAGUCCAGAAAUGCACCGCACCGCGCUAAAAGAACCUGUACAGAACAGUGAGGUGUUCCUCAUGUAGUGGAACGUCCCUGGGUUUAUCAAGGACCUGGACUCAGACUGACCUCUGAGAACUGAUCUGAGAUCAGUGUCAGCAUCUCUGUUAGCUUCUACGAGGUGUUUGCUAAUCUUCUCGGGUGUACGCGCAAAAAAAAAAUAAUAAUGAAAACAAACAGCAGUUUAAAAAAUCACACUGAAAAAGAAAAGAGAGAAAACUGACAUCAGCUAAUGAGUUGAAUUUUGCAAAUGAACAUGCACAGUGUCCUUGAACUCCCACAGGACUUACAGAGUGCGUAUAUGAAAAGUGCCCUGCAAUAACUUCAGAUAGAACUGAACCUGAGGAUGAUUCAUUGUGUUUCUUUGCCAUAUGUGAUAAUAUAUCAGACGUCAGCAUUAAUGCAGCAAUAUUAAAUUUGAUAACUGAAGAAUGAACAGUGAGCAAUAAGUAAAAUGGGAGUGGCUGAGCAGCUGCCUUCAGGUCUCUAUUUUUGGAUAAAGAUGGUUUAGUUUGCUAUGAUAUGGGACGGUGUUACAGUAAUAUAUAUAUAAAAUAUAUUUUUGUUUGUCCUUCCUUUGUAUGUGUGGGGACGCUGGUCUGUUCUGGGAUGCUGGUGGAGGUCUUUUCAGUGAUUUUUGGUAUUUUGUACAAAACAGUGAUGAUGAGUGAUAAGUAACAAUAGUGGGUCCGGCUCAUUUCAACGUGAUGCUUUUUUGCUCAGAAAAUGAUGUUUGGUUGGAAAAUCCAUGCAAGUGAUGAGUUUAAAAUUUGCUUCGGAGAAUUAAUCGUUCACUAAACCAGAACAUCGAUCGUCCAAUCAGCAGCUGAAACAAUUAGUCAAUCGACAGUUAUCAAUAUUCUCUGACUCCAGCCUCUACAAUGAGAAGACUUCCUGAUUUUCUUUGUCAUAUGUAAACGAGAUAUUUUUAGGUAUUUGAACAUACGGUCGAACAAAACAAGACAGAAGACGUAACUUUCAGCUCUGCAAAGUUGUGAUGGACAUUUUUUUUUUUAAACGUUUCUUAGAGACUUAAUUAAUUGAUUGAACUGAAAAAAUAAUCGAUAGUCGCAGCCACACAUCCAAACAUAACUUAGCAACAACUCUUCUCCAUUUCUCAGUGUGUUCAAACAGUUCAAAAACACAGAGGUUUAAGAACUGGAUCAAACAGUAGCUGCAAUCGUUAGCAUGUCCGGCUAACUAGCCUACUACCUACAGUAGUAACCUGAUGUCUUACUUCCAAGGCCAGGAGUUAGCCUAUCAUUAGCUAACAACACGUUUUUGGGGCUGUUCAUGACUAACACAUUUACUCUGUUGAAGUCAGUCCUGAAUGUUGUCAGAGUUUAGGCUAACAUUAGGCUAACAUUAGGCUAACAUCAGCAGCUCUGUCCUGCUCUUCAUUGGAUUUGGGGAAGUUUUGAUUCCAGCUAAUGUUAGAGAUAGUGUUACGUUUUCCAAAAACGUUAUUCAUAACUUCAUCAUACUUACAACAGUCGCACUAACCAGCUCUACGCUGCAAUGAAAGAUUUAAAUAAAAGUUAAAAGACGAGUUUUUACCAGGGACAUGUAGCUUUCGCCUCAGUCUGUUAGCGUGAUAUCAUGUGGCCAUCAAGUGCAUAUUUAAAACCAGUUUCACCAGAUUCUCGAAUUAAAACUUCAAAUGUUUUCAACCAUCUUGCCGUGAUGUUCCCUAAUUAUCCCACAAUGCAUCUCACAACCUACAUCACUGGCUUGUCAACAUCUAAGAUGGUGGUAUUUGCGAAAUGGUCUUUGACGCUAACAUUAGUUAAAUUAGCAAGCUGGCUAAAGCUGAUAAAAAUUUCUUAAAGUCAUUUCAGAAAAAUCGCUGCCUGGAAAUGAAAAUCUGCUUCUAUAUACUUAUGUCUGACAUAAAAAUUACGAAUAAUUAGGUGACGAAUCUGCCAUAGCAACAGUAACUAGGGUGGGCGGGGUUCAAUAAACGGUCAGUUAGUUACAGUUAUAACUUUCCCGCCCUGCACUGUCUGAGGACUUGUAAUGUUUUUUAGUAUUAUUUUUGCUGACCGGCAGCUUUUGCUGAGAUCGAACUGCGACGUCGUCUGAAAGCAGGUUGCUAUUUUAUGUUUGACUGAGCAUGUGUGAGUGUGUGUGUGUGUGUGUGAACAUAUUAAAAGAAGAAGAAAAAAAACCCAAUUUUGCUAUGAAUUUACCCAUAUUGGGUCUGCAUUAUGAACUAAUGUUUAAGGUUGAUGAUAAUUUUAAAAACUAUAUUAAUCCAGUUAACAAUCACCGCUCCACAGGAACAGCUGGUUAGCACAUUAUACGUUGAUUUCUUUUCUUUCACUGGCAUCUUAUCCACUGCUUUUAUGAUGUGAUCCUCCUCUGCUGCUUCUGAACAUCAACACUGUCAUCAUCAGUUUGUUAGCGAGCUCUCUGAUUUCAUCAGCAGGAGCUGCACUGAUACGACUGGUGGACUGACGCUCAGACACUGAACCCUGAUAUCUGUGGUCUUUUUAUUUUCUGCCUUUUUUUACACUGAGUCGAAAGUUUGUGUCUUCGACCUCAAAACUUUAGGAUGUGCGCAUUCAACAGACUUGUCUUUUUUUGUGCUGUGUUGUUAGAGGGGAAACAAUCAAUCAUAUAAUUGAUUAGUCAGUUGACUGUUUUGAUAAUGGAGAAUAAUUGUUAGUUGCCUUAAACAUUUUGGGAUAUUCAUUGAGAGUAUUGAUGGAUUGAUAAUAAUUGAUGCCGCUGAACAGUAAAUAUGAAGCAGCAGCCCAUUAGCUUAGCUUAGCAUAAAGGUGGCUGCUGGGUGUAGCUCUAUAUUUAGCCAUUUAAGAGAUGAGCAAAUUGAUCUUCUCAUCGAACUCUCUGCAUGAAAGCAAAAAAGUAAUAGUAAUCUUCAAAACUGAAGUGAAACAGUAAAUGUUUAUGACGAAAUAAAAAUCAAAGUUAAAAAAAUGUUUUAAAAAAACAUUCAGGGGUUGUUAGAGUUAUUGAUCGUACUUCGUACAAAGGGUUAAACUGACAUAAAUAUGAAAAUUAUUUUGAUUUAAAUUUUGCUCAGUUAAAACAAAAACAUACAGAAAUCUGCGAAAACGUUCCCAACUUUGUCAGGAAAAGUGAAUGUUCAGGGCCUGACUCAGUUUAUUCAAAGGUAAUAAAUGAGAAGCGGUUUCAGUGCGAGCACUGAUCUUAGGUCAGUAGUGUCUGUGCGUCAUUAAUCUUGAGUCAUGACAGAGUGGCGUUACUGCACUGUUAAAACGGUUCAUAAAGGUUUUUCUAAGGACGUCGGUGUGUAAACUAGACUAGUAUAAAACAUUUCUGUUGUCGCCCGGAUUCAGCAGGACUGAGGUCAGUUCACUCUCAGCUCCGUCGGCUCAGAUGAUUAAUUCAUUCGUAUUCGAGGCUCGGACAUGUCGUCAUCUCAGGACUGAGGUUACACACUGAACUUGUUGAGUUAAUUCUCCUGAUGAUACAAAAAGGUUUUGAAAAGCCUCGACACAACCUGAGGCAGAAAGUGAAUAAAAGAAAGUGACGAGCUUCCUGAGCUGACUGAACGGGUGACAUGAAGCCGGUCCUGCAGCCGUCUGUCUGUCUGUCUGUCUGUCUGUCUGUCUGAGGGGUUUUAACUGUGUUUUAUAUAUAAUACCACUGUCUGUCUGUCUGCCAUGAGAAAAAUAUGGACUAUUUUUGAUGUAUGUAUUCUUUCACCUAGAGAAUAAAAAUUACUAUUUCACAAGGAGAUUUCACCUUUGAACUGAAAUAAACUGAUUUGGUCACAUUUUCA